CUUUAUCAAGCGUAUUAUUCUUUUUUGUAUUUUUGUGUGAUUUCUAUAUGGAAAGGAGUGACCAUGACGUUAAAGAUUCCGAUGCAAGAAAUGGUGAAAUUGGUUGGCUCUUUAAGAUUGUGUGGCAGGGAUAACGGUGAUGAGCCAGUGGUGGUUAGCAAGAGAGAGAUGGUGAUGGACGAGAAGGUCUAUGUAGCAGUGACAGGGAGAGAUCUAGAGAACAAGUCUAGUCUCGUUUGGGCGAUACAGAACACUGGAGGCAGAGAGUUCUGCAUCGUCUAUGUUCAUCGACUGAUUCAGAUCUCAGCUCCUGGAGCAAUGUUCAACGAGCAGAAACUGAGGAAAGAGAAGGAGAAAGCACAUAAUAAUUUGGACAAGUACCUUACUAUAUGCAGGCAAAUGCAUGUUAAAGCAGAGAAGAUAUAUAUUGAAAUGGAUUCAGUAGAGGAAGGUAUACUCCAAUUGAUAUCUCAGCGUGGAGUUAAGAGGCUUGUCAUGGGAGCAGCAGCUGAUAGACACUAUACAAUGAGAAUGAGAGACUUGCAGUCCAAGAAAGCUAUUUGCAUCCACAGAGAAGCGCCGGAUACUUGCCAUAUAUGGUUUACAUGCAAUGGAUACCUAAUCUGUACAAGAGAAGCUACAAGAAGAGAUAACUUGUAUGUAGAAGGCACAUCUUCAAGUUAUUUGACCCAAUCAGAGAUAACUAAUGGAACUGAAAGUGCUGCAAGUUCAAGUAUGGCUAAAGAUGAUGUUCAGACACAAGUAGCUCUCAUAGAAGCUGCAAGUGCAAAAAGGGAAACACGCUUUGAGAUGUCUAAACGUGAAGAAGCUGAAAAAUCUGCAGUUGAUGCAAUUAAAAGGGCUAAAGAAAAAGAAAAUGGGUAUGUCAAUGAGUUGAAACGUAGGAAAGAAACAGAGAAGGCACUGAAGGAAACGAAAGAAGAGUUUGAAAAGAUGAGAUUAGAAGCUGAGACAAGAAUUGCCAAGUCUAAUAUGGUGAUUAGAAACUUACAAGGAAAGUAUAGCUUAUCAAUGAAAGAGUUGAGAAGAUUUAGAGAUGAACAAGAAGAGUUAAAGAGAGAGCUUAUUGAAGUAUCAAAGCUGAAGAGUAAGUGCAAUGAAGAGGAAGUGUCUCCUUCUAAGGACCGUGAACCACCUCAGUACUUCAUGUGUCCCAUUACACAGGAUGUGAUGGAGGAUCCAUAUGUAGCAGCAGAUGGUUUUACAUAUGAAGGAGAGGCUAUACGAGGUUGGUUUAAUAGAGGGCACGAGACUUCUCCAAUGACAAACAGAAGACUUCCUCACACAAGCUUGGUUCCAAAUCUUGCUCUUCGAUCUGCUAUUCAAGAAUGGCUUCAAGCCUCAAGCUCCUGAAUCAUCUCUGUUGUGGAAUUUUUUUUUUGUAUUUUGAUAUGGUAUUGACUUUUGACAUUUUGUCAUAGUGUGUCAUUUUCACAACCUUUUUUUUUUUGGAACACAGUCAUUUUCACUAGCCGGUGGUUGUUGUUGGUACUUGGUAUGAGUCAGUCUUCUGUAAUAUUCCUUUUCGUUAUGAUAUUG